AUGCAGGAGCACAUUCGACGGGCCCAUCCGAACCACUACAUCCCGAAGCUCCCGGCUACCGAGGAGAGCUUCCUCUUGAUGGUCUCUACUCCCCCCGAUCAGCGGAACCAUCUCUCCCCUCCCGACCCUGGUCACUCUCGUCGUCACAAUGAUGUCGCGGAUAGGGAGAUUUACGUGGCGGACGCCAGUUCGCCGGCAACCCCGCGGGGUAUCGACGAAGCUCAUCCCGCAGCUGCGACCGCUGCAGUAGCACUGGCUCAAUUGCAUCAUCACCGUCUAGCUUCCGACUGGGAUACGGAUAUGGAAACUCAUUCGGAUAACGAUAUUGGACGCGACCGUAUGCGAACUUCGAUUGAGCUACCCUCCUUGCGAGACCAUUUCAAGCAGGAAUCAAUGAACCCCUUUUCCGCCCGUCCACGAGAGCUUCUUCCGUCCAUUCUCAACCAUUCCCCGCCCGGUCGCUCUUCCACUCUGCCUCCGAUUCAACGGAGAGACAAGCUUCCUCGGUCCCGCAAGAACUCGAUUACACAAGGCUCUCGCAAGCCCAAGCACGAUCGAGUCAAGUCCAAGGAAUACAAGCGACGACUCAGUCUGGGCGAGCGCAAGGCUCUCUCUGCGGAACCACAAACGGCGGCCUGGGCGCAAGGCAAGCGCUGGGAGGAUUUGAUUGAAGCGGCUACAUCAGCUACAGAAGUUGACGAUGAUCCGUCCGAGCCCGGCCGAUCGCCCACUAUUGCCCCGCUCAUUUCCAAUAUCACUUCCGCUCCAUCGGUUAGUAGCAAACACCGGUCUUCGCUUCCGCCUGCUUUCCAAUCGGGUCCUGGAUUGCCGCCUCCGACUUCUCAUCAUCGGCCACUUCCGCCUCUCUCUUAUGCGGCAUCGCCCCUUCACAAGUCUUUAACACCGCCGCCAUAUGACUCUCACCGCAGUCGCGACAGUGACCUGGAGCCAUUCCCUUCAAUUGAAUCUUCGCUUGACUCGGUCUCCUCAGCUUCGGGGAAGAAUUUCCCACUGUCGAGUAGCCUGGCCCCAUCUGCGCAUUUGGAUUCCAGCCCGGUGCUGAAUCUGUAUCCGCCGUCUGUCGCGCAGCGCCAACACCAUCGCUUUUCGAACCCAACGCCGGCUUCUUUCCGGAGCAGAGAAAUUCAGAUAUAUUGCGCCAGUUGCAAGCGACCUUGGGCGCUGAAUGAAUGUUACGCUUGCACCGAGUGUAUUUGCGGCGUUUGCAGAGAGUGCGUGGGAAUGUUCAUCGGCAGUCCACCCUCCUCAUUCCGUAAUGUGACUUCGAGCCCUGGCAGUGCGGUGCCAGGCAACGGGCUCGGGUUGCCGCAUGGUCCGACGAGCUACCCAGGACCCCGAGGAUGUCCGCGAUGUCGGAGUAUGGGAAGCAAAUGGAAAUCAUUUCAACUUGAUUUCAGGUGA